AUGACGUCUAAAGAACAUAUCGACCCGGCGGUUAUCCGUCCGGGUCGGGUAGACGUUCACAUCCAUUUUCCGUUAUGUGAUUUCACGGCGUUUAAAACGUUGGCUAACAACUACUUAGGCCUAAAAGAGCAUAAGCUUUUCCCUCAAGUGGAAGGUAUAUUCCGUGACGGCGCGUCUCUGAGCCCCGCGGAGAUCGGAGAAUUGAUGAUCGCGAACAGAAACUCGCCGAGUCGAGCGUUGAAGUCGGUGAUCAACGCUUUGCAGACGGAGGGAGAGAGGAGGGGGACGCCGGCGAGUGGGAGACGGUUGUUGCAUGAGAGAACGAUAUCGGAAGAUUUCGAGGAAGAGAUGAGUGGACCUUUGUGCGGCGGAGGAAGUUCGCCGGCGGUGAAGGAGUUCAAGAAGUUGUAUGGAUUAUUGGGGUUGAAAGGUAACAGGAAAUCUCAGUCGUUCAAUCUGACUCGGGAGCUAAGGAACGAUGAUCAAUGUGGUGGUGGUAGUCCGAGGAGAUCUCUUAGCCCUGCGUACCAUAGGCGUCAAAUUCCUGGUCAUAGUUGUCCUCGAAGCCCUGAACAUGACAGACGCUGGAGUUCUGCAGCUUAUGAACCACGCGGGAGGCCAAAAGCUUAUGACAUCACAGAAGUUCAGCAGCUUAUGAACGACGCAGGAGUCCAACAGCUUAUGAAAGACGCAUGA